AUGGGCAACGGCGUCCUUAGCAAGCAGCACAGCUUACAUGGUUCUCAGCUGGAGUCUUUACCAACGCCGCUACAAGUCCCCUCAGACGGCAACCGAGGCGUCAGCGCAGCUCUGCUCCGAGAAUUUGAAGGUUAUGACGCGGCCGCGGAGAGCAUCAGCAGCAGCCAACGUCUCACCACCACUGCUCGCGAACCAGCCGCGCCUCAGCCGCCAUCGGAAUGUAUCGCCACCGCCAAUAACAAUACCAACAACAACGACAACAACAACGACAACACAAGCUGCGAUUUAUUCCAUGCCGAGCACCUCCGUAAAGGUCUGAGAGCUAAUCCAGCUGGAGGUCUAGAUUUGCCGCCGCCGCCGCCGCAGCAGCAGCAGCAGCAGCAGGGCGUAAAGGAGGCGAAGAUCGUAGUCGGUGGUGGCGAGGCAGCGCCAAGUGCUGCUCACAGUGACCCGCGGGUCACUGACCCAUGGGUCAGUGACCGCAUGGCGGCGGCGGCGACGUCGGCGUCCGCUUCUCAUGGGCCUGUACCCCUUGACGAAGAAGCGCUGCGGAAGCAUGAACUGCUACAGCUACAAGAGCAGCAGCAGCAGCAGAAGCUGCGGCGGCUGCUUGGGCUGAAUGCGCAAGAUGACGAGGGGGCAGCGGCGGCAGCGGGGCAUCUUGGCGGAGGCGCCUCGGCCGGUGCUGCUGCGGAAGCAGCGAAACCCCACGCCUACGCGUCGCCAAGUCGUACAUGGGAGGCGGGGGAAGAAGAAGUUGUGGCGGCGCCCGAGGAGGAUGAAUUAGGACAGGAAGCCCCGUCCCUGGAGUAUUUCGCCAUCCUGCGCUCUGCGAACCGCAGCGGCGGCUGCGGCGGCGGCGGCUGCAGCACGGCCCUCUCCAGCGGUCCUGGCGGCGGCGGCGACGGCACCACCGCCUGGUCCGUGGGCGAAUCAGAUCUGGUCCGUACACUGGAGGAAGACGACGGCGGUGACUGUGAAGGGGGAGGCGAGGAGGGGGCCGAACUUGAGGAGGCGGCGGAACCGCCGCCGCCGCCGCCGGAGUCGGUGACGGCGACUGUAACUGUGACGGAAUCAGGCAACCCGUUCAAUAUACCGGACCAACUUCGCCUAGCGGAGGAGCACUACGUACGGCUUCAGCUAGCGCGGAAGGCCGGUGGCGGUGGCGGCAGUAGCAGUGGCGGCAGUAUCAGGAACGAGGCACAGACGCUUCUGGAUCCGCCAACUUCAGAGCUAUCGGACGAGCAGUUAGCGGCGCUGCGUCCGGCGGCAGCGGCGUAUGCGGCGCCGCCGGCGGCGGCGACGGUGCAGCUGCUGGCGGCGCCGCGGGGGGUGUCGAUGGGCCCCGCGAGCCUUCCCGGGAUGCAAGAACAUGCCAGCGAUGAUGAGGUACAGCAGUUGGUUGAGACGCUUAGGACGAGCAGAGGAGCGCACCUUUCAAAUGCUACAGCAGCAGCAGCAGCAGCCGGUGACGAGGUGCUGGAUCGAGCUCUUAAGGCUGCCCGGGACGACGAGCAGCGCUUUCGUCACGAGUGUACGGAAGCGGUGGCGGCAGCGGCGGCGGCGGCGGCGGCGACGCUGCCGGGCAUGGCCGAGCUAGCUACGGAGGAGGAGCGAUUCGAUUUGGUGCUGAUUGAUAACAGAGAUUACGGACGUCCAGAGGAGGUCGUACGGCAGGCGCGUAAGGCCCUGGAGGACGACCAGCGGGCCUACGCAGCCGCGGAUGUGGAGGGAGGGCGCCCUACCGGGCAGCUCGCCUCCGACGAAGAGCCCGGGGGCGUGGCAGUCGCCAACAGCAUCAUCGCCACCAUCAGAGUUGACGGCAGCGCCAGCGCCAAGCUCCGAACCAAGCUCACCGUCGGCGGCAACGCCUGCGCUGCUGCGGCAGCGGCGCAGCAGCGCCUGUCGUACGCCGGCCACGCCGCUGCGCACGCUCUGGAGGCGGCCGCCCUUCAGGUGGCCGGAGCCGCCAUCGACGCGGCCUGCAAGGUGAUGGGAGUGGGGGAGGGCGAGCCGAGGUCCGCCGGCGAUGGCGGUGACGGAGGCGACGGCGGCGAGUUCAUGGAGGAUGGCGGGAGGGUUAUGCCGGCGGAGGCGGAGGCUGUGGCGGAGGAGCCGGCGGGACCACAUGACGAGGCGACGGCGGCCGCCGUCGCAGGUGGUGGCGUCCGGGCGGAACAGCCGCCGGAGGCCGCCGCCGGCAGCGGCAGCAGCAAACGCGGCAAAGGUGGCAGUAGUGACGGCGGAAUUCGAUCCGUCGCGGCCGAUGCAAAACACUUGGUGCAUGAGGCCCUGCGCAUCCUGGACUAA